CGGUCGCAUCAGGAACCCAGAAUGAAGCUAGUCUUUCUUGCCCUGCUGUUCCUUGGGGCCCUUGGACUGUGUCUGGGCGCCCGGAGGAAAGGUGUUCGGUGGUGCACCAUAUCGAAAGCAGAGGCAACGAAAUGCUCCAAAUUCCAACGGAAUAUGAAGAGGGUGGGUGGUCCCACUGUCUCCUGCACAAGGAAAACCUCUCGCCAAGAAUGUAUCCAGGCCAUCAAGGCAAACAAGGCAGAUGCUGUGACCCUUGACAGUGGUCUGGUGUUCGAGGCUGGCCUGGACCCCAAUAAACUGCGCCCCAUAGCGGUUGAGGUCUAUGGGACCCAAGCGGAGCCCCAAAGCCACUAUUAUGCUGUGGCCAUCGCAAAGAAGGGAACCAACUUCCAGCUGAACCAACUUCAAGGCGUGAAGUCCUGCCACACAGGCCUUGGCAGGUCCGCCGGAUGGAACAUCCCUAUGGGGAUACUUCGCCCAUUCUUAAGCUGGACAGGGCCACCCGAGCCCCUUGAGAAAGCGGUGGCCAGUUUCUUCUCUGCCAGUUGUGUGCCCUGCGCGGAUGGAAAAGAGUACCCCAACCUGUGUGGCCUGUGUGCGGGGACGGGGGAAAAUAAAUGUGCCUGCUCCUCCCGGGAGCCAUACUUCGGCUACGCUGGUGCCUUCAGGUGUCUGCAAGAAGGGGCUGGAGAUGUGGCGUUUGUCAGGCACAGUACAGUGUUUGAGACCCUGCCAAACAAGGCCGACCAAGACAAGUACGAGCUGCUCUGCCUAGACAACACUCGGAAGCCGGUGGAUGCAUUCAAGGAUUGUCACCUGGCCCGGAUCCCUUCUCACGCUGUUGUGGCCCGAAGUGUAAAUGGCAAGGAGGACUUGAUCUGGAAGCUUCUCCAAAAGGCGCAGGAAAAAUUUGGAAAAGAAAAGUCAUCUGCGUUCCAGCUCUUUGGUUCCCCUGAAGGGAUGAAGGAUCUGCUGUUCAAAGACUCGGCCAUUGGGUUUUUGAGGGUCCCCUCGAAGGUCGAUGCUGGCCUGUACCUUGGCUUCAACUACCUCACUGCCAUCCAGGGCCUGAGGGAAAAGGCUUCGGAAGUGGAGGAGCGGCGCCAGCGCGUUGCUUGGUGCGCGGUGGGCAAAGAGGAGGAGAGCAAGUGCCAGCAGUGGAGUGUCGCGAGCCACGGGAACGUGACGUGCGAAUCGGCACCCACGAGCGAGGACUGCAUCGCCCUGAUCCUGAAAGGAGAAGCUGACGCCCUGAGCCUGGAUGGAGGCCUGAUCUAUGUCGCUGGCAAGUGUGGUUUGGUGCCUGUCCUGGCGGAGAACCAAAAAUCACAGGAACCUAAUAACGGACGUUGUGAGGACAGACGAAGGGAAGGUUACCUUGCUGUGGCAGUUGUCAGGAAAUCGGAUGCCGAUAUCACCUGGAAUUCUCUGAGAGGCAGGAAGUCUUGCCACACCGGCCUGGGCAGGACUGCCGGCUGGAACAUCCCCAUGGGCCUGCUCUUCAACCGGACGGGCUCCUGCAAAUUUGAUGAAUUCUUCAGUCAGAGCUGUGCCCCUGGGGCCGAACUGAGCUCCAGUCUCUGUGCGCUGUGUGUUGGCGACGAAAAGGGUGAGAACAAGUGUGUGGCCAACAGCACUGAGAGAUACUUUGGCUACAAUGGGGCUUUCAGGUGCCUGGCUGAGAGGGCUGGAGACGUCGCCUUUGUGAAAGACUCCACCGUCUUGCAGAACACGAACGGAGAGAACCCUGAUGCAUGGGCGAAGGAUCUGAAGCCGGAGGACUUUGAGCUGCUGUGCCUCGAUGGCACCCGGCAGCCUGUGACGGAGGCUCAGAGGUGCCACCUGGCCAGGGCUCCGAACCAUGGCGUGGUGUCUCGGGGAGAUAAGGCAGAACACCUGGAGCAGGUGCUGCUCCACCAGCAGGCUCAGUUUGGGGAAAAUGGAGAUAAAUGCCCGAGAGAGUUCUGCCUGUUCCGGUCCAAAGCCAAAAACCUCCUGUUCAAUGACAACACCGAGUGCCUGGCCAGACUCCAAGGCAAAAGGUCGUAUGAAGAAUAUUUGGGAUCGGCAUACGUCACGGCCGUUGGUAACCUGAGACAGUGCUCGAGCUCCCCGCUUCUGGAAGCCUGCGCCUUCCUGAGGAGGUAAAGCCACCUGAAGACUCCGGGGCCUCCCUCCCUGCUCUGCCCCAGGCCCGCCCUGCUCUGGGCCCUGCCCGGGGCACUGGGCUGUUCCCCCUCCGGCCAGUCACCUGCUUUCGCAGCCCCCUGCUGUCAUUCUAGCAAUAAAGGAAAUGAG